AUGGUUAUCUGCCACGCCCUAACCGGCAGCUCUGACGUGUCGGAUUGGUGGGGUCCGCUCCUGGGAGGCCCAGGAAGGGCGUUUGAUGCUUCGAGGUUUUUCAUCGUAUGUCUGAACGCACUGGGCAGCCCGUACGGGACGGCUAGUCCUGUCACCAACAAGGAUAACGACCCCAAAGAGGGACGAUACGGUCCCGAAUUCCCUCUCACAACUAUCCGAGACGAUGUGAACCUACACAAGCUCAUCCUCGACGACCUAGGCGUGCGCCAAGUCGCCGCCGUAAUCGGUGGAUCGCUCGGCGGUAUGUUUGUACUUGAAUGGGCUUACUUCGGCAAGGACUAUAUUCGAUGCAUCGUGCCCAUUGCGACAUCGAGUCGCCACAGUGCCUGGUGCAUCAGCUGGGGAGAAGCUCAGCGCCAGAGCAUCUACGCCGACCCCAAAUACGACGAUGGCUACUAUUCCUUUGACGACCCCCCUUCAACCGGCCUCGGUGCUGCCCGCAUGACUGCCCUUCUCACGUAUCGGAGCCGCAAUUCCUUCGAGGCCCGCUUCGGGCGCAACAUUCCCGAUCCCUCGAGAAGGCAGACCAUCCGGGAGCUUCCACAGCCCUCCACUCUGUGCGAGGCACAUUUCCAGAUUCACAACGAUGGGCAUAAAAUAACUCGCCCGCGCCAUUCGCGCCCGCCCAGCAAUGAGGAAAAUAAGUUGAGCGACUCGGAGAACCACACCAACGGCACCAACGGCACCAACAACGCUAAUGGGACUAACGGUACUUGGCCUCCUGCAAACGGCCACAGCAAUGGGAACGGGGAGGUGCAGCUUCCAACAUGUCUGGAUCCCCAGUUCCACGGACCCAGCAAGGGGUCCCUUAACGGGGGCGACGCCGUGCCUACGUCGACGUACUUCUCCGCGCAGUCAUAUCUACGGUACCAAGGCCAAAAGUUUGUUAAGCGAUUCGACUCAAACUGUUAUAUCGCCAUGACUCGGAAACUCGAUACACACGACGUGUCUCGGGGCCGCGCUGCUACCGUCGCAGAAGCGCUCGCCCUGAUUGAACAGCCAACCCUGGUUCUCGGUAUUGAAAGCGACGGCCUUUUCACAUUUGCUGAGCAGGAGGAGCUAGCAGAACAUAUCAAAGAUGCUCGCCUUGAGCGUAUUGUCAGCCCCGAAGGCCACGACGCCUUCCUGCUGCAGUUUGAGCAAGUGAACAGCUACAUUCUCGAAUUCCUGAAAGAGGCUUUACCGGAUAUCAUGAACAAGGAGGGCGACCAUGCAGUAUCCGCCAGUGUGGGCACGAUGACAAAAUCAAGUACGUUUGGUGAGGCAGAAGUUGGGGAUCUUACAGCCUGGUAG